GAAGUGCGUUGUUGGUGCGGCGAAGUCGCUCCGGUAAGGAUGUCCUGGAGUUAUGCCAACCCUGGAAAGCGAUUUAGAUCAUGCCCACGCUAUGGAGUACGUGGGAAUGGGAACUGUAGCUAUUUUCAAUGGUUGGACUCCGAUGUCUCUGACCGUGUGUCUAAAGUGAUUCGAGGUUUAUUGAAGAGGUUAGAUAAGCAAGAGAGUGAAAUGCAAAGGCUUCAAGUAGUGAUUGAUGAGAAAACUGUCCAGCUUAAGAAGAAGACUCUGACUUCAAAAUUUCAAUUUUUGUAUGGUUUUGGAUUUGGAAUUGUGGUUGGUUUUCUUUGUUUCAGGCUUUGGAUGAGAAGUGUUGAUCCAAGUGAAAAGCUUCUCCAAUUGAAGUAG